GCAGAAGAGAUAGACGAUUCCACAUAAAAAAUAUUAGAAAUGGAGAUUAUGAAAGGGUGUUGGAUAUUGGUGAUGAUUUUAUUAUUACAGGGGAGUUGGUGCUCUGAUGGUUGUUUGGAGCAUGAGAGAAUUGCUCUUUUGCAACUCAAGUUUGAGUUCAUUUCUUCUUCUUCUUCUUAUUAUUCUUCUUCUUAUUAUUAUUCUCAUGAUUAUGAUAUGCCUCUUUGGGGUGUAAAUACUGACUGCUGUAAUUGGGGAGGGGUAAAGUGCAACACCACCACAGGGCAUGUUGUGGAACUCUCUCUUGAGGGUAUAAGAAGAGGAGGAGAUUGGUAUCUAAAUGCUUCUUUGUUUCUACCCUUUCAACAACUGAAGAAUCUUUCCUUACAGGGAAAUAAUAUAGCUGGUUGCAUUAAAAAUGAAGGUUUUGAAAGGUUAUCAGUACUUGACAAUUUGGAGCUUCUUGAUUUAAGUUUCAACCAUUUCAAUAACAACAUCUUAUCAUCUCUAAGUGGUCUUUCAUCUUUAAAAUUUUUAUAUCUAAAUUAUAAUAGAUUGAAAGGAAUAAUUAAUAUUGAAGAAUUAAAUUAUCUAGCAAGUUUGAAGAGUUUGGAUUUUUCAGAUAAUGCAAUUGAAGGCUUUAAAUCUCCACAUGGCUUGCCUCAUCUAAAGGAUUUGGAAUAUCUAGAAUUGGAUGGGUCUAUCAUCAACAACAACAUUCUACAAUCAAUUGGAGUAAUGUCUUCUCUUAAGAAAUUAUCAUUGAGUAGUUGUGAACUUAAUGACACGAAGUUUUUAAACCAAGGUGUGUGUAAACUAAAACAACUCCAAGAGUUAGACAUUUCCGAUAAUGAAAUCAGUGGUAGCUUGCCUUCAUGUCUUGCCAACUUGACAUCUCUUCAAUUUUUGUAUCUCUCUUCCAAUAAUUUCGUCGGAAACAUCUCUUUAUCUCCACUUAGAGAUUUAACAAACCUCGAGCUUCUAGAGCUCUCAGACAAUCUUUUCCAAAUCCCAAUCUCAUUGAGUCCAUUUUUCAACCAUUCAAAACUCAAAUUCUUUGAAAAUGUGGGUACAAAUAAAAUAUAUGCAGAAACAAAUGAUCAAAAUUUGACCCCAAAGUUUCAAUUAGAUCAUCUCUCUUUCUCUGGUUAUGCAUGCGGUGGAGUAUUCCCCAAAUUCCUCUAUCAUCAACACAAUUUACAAUAUGUUGAUCUCUCAAGCUUGAAAAUGGGAGGAGGGUUUCCAUAUUGGUUGUUAGAAAACAACACAAAACUAGAAGGCCUUUUUUUAGAAAACAAUUCCCUUUCAGGACUUCUUCAAUUACCACAUCAUUCUCAUAUGAAUUUGUCAGAGUUAUAUAUCUCAGAUAAUUUCUUCCAUGGCAAUAUUCCACUGCAGAUAGGAACAUAUUUGCCAAGAUUGAGAUAUAUGGACUUGUCUUCAAAUGAUUUCAAUGGUAGCAUUCCCUCUUCAUUUGGAAAUAUGAGCUUCUUGCGAAGCUUAGACUUAUCUAAUAACAAUUUGUCGGGUACUAUACCUAAGCACUUAACCAUGGAUUGUGUCUCAUUAAGGGAAGUUUAUUUGUCUAAAAACCAGCUACAAGGAUCAUUGGAAGAUGCAUUUUGUGAUUGCCCUGAAUUGGCUGUGCUAGAUCUUAGCCAUAAUAAUAUGAUUGGAAGCAUUCCAUCCGGGAUUGGAAGAUUUUCUCAAUUGAGCUAUAUGAUCUUGGGUCAUAAUAACAUUGAAGGGGAAAUUCCAAUACAAUUAUGCGAUUUGACUCAAUUAAGUUUGAUUGAUCUUUCGCAUAAUAAUAUCUCUGGUCAUAUUCUCCCUUGUCUAAGAUCUACAAGUAAUUCAUAUAUGCCAGUAGAAGAUACUAUGGAUGAAGCUUUAGAGUUUACAACAAAGAGUAGAUCCUAUUCUUACAAAAGUGGUAUGCUAUCUUAUAUAUCUGGAAUUGAUCUCUCAUGCAACAAUUUGACAGGCCAAAUUCCUAUCCAAAUUGGAAACCUCAAUGAGAUCCAUGUACUAAAUUUGUCCCAUAACAAUUUGAUAGGAAAAAUCCCAGCAUCAUUUUCCAACUUAAGCCAAGUUGAGAGCUUGGAUCUUUCAUACAACAACUUGCAAGGCCACAUCCCUUCCCAGCUUACUGAGUUAAAUUUUUUGGAAGUUUUCAAUGUGUCAUACAAUAAUUUAUCUGGUAGAACACCUGAAAGGGUUGCUCAAUUUGCAACAUUUGAUGAAAGUAGCUAUCGAGGUAACCCUCUUCUUCAUGGAUGGCCAAUGCAAAAGAAUUGUAUUGUAAUGGUAUCCCCUCCAUCAACUUCAAGAAGUUCAAUUGACGAUGAAGAAAGUAAUUUUUUCAUGGAUAUGGGUGUUUUCUAUGUGAGUUUUGGGGUGGCUUACAUUAUGGUCUUAUUGGCAAUUGCCAUAGUUCUAUUCAUAAAUCCAUAUUGGCGACAUGUUUGGUUUUACUUCAUUCAGAUUAGUAUAGACAAUUGCUAUUAUUUUAUAGUAGACAAUUUUGCUUUUUUGUCCAAGCUUAAAUUAUUUUGUAGAUAAAUGUAUUAUGUAUUUAUUAUGCAUUUAUGUAUCUUUUUAUUAACCUCGACUUUGAGAUCAAAACUCAAACAGUCAUAUUAAUUAAUGGAUAUUUUAUAGGUUCAUGUA